AUGUCUCUGGACCGAGAAGAACCCGAUCUUGGUGCGCGAUCCUUAAACAGCGUCGACAGCCGGUUACAUGGAAGCCAACUCCGGAGCCGUCAUUCUCCUGCAAUUACGCCUCAAGAACCGGCAACAGACAUGGAGACACCAACACCAACACCAGCAUCAACUCGGACCCCUACUCUCUUCCGCGUAGAGACCUGGUCGCAAGCCCUGUACGCUCCACACUCAAUCAACAUCUACCACCACGCCCGCAGAGCGCUCGUUCAUGGCGUCAACAGCAGCAACCUGCUCCUCCUGUUUCUGCCGCUCGGAAUCGUGGCAGGGGCGCUUGGCUGGAAUGCGGUCUUGGUCUUUGCCUUCAACUUGUUGGCUACCAUCCCCCUCUCGGCAUUGGUUUCGGAUGCCUCUGACAAGCUGUCGGACGAAGUUGGCGAAGUGCUUGGGAGUCUGGUCAAUGCCACUUUUGGGAAUUCCGUGGAAUUAACGGCGGGCAUUCUGGCCGUUAUCAACGGGCGUUCGGAUAUCGCUCAAUCGGUUAUGAUUGGAAGCAUUUUAUCGGAUUUACUGCUUGUUCGUAUUGAUCUCCCUCGUCUGCUUUUUUCUUUUCCGACUAACAAUCCCAUCAAGGUCCUAGGCUUCUGUAUGCUCUCUGCCGCAUGGGACAAGGACUUAAUGCCCUUCAACCCGGCUGUGGCAGACACAUUAUCCUCGCUGAUGAUUAUCACUACCAUGGCAAUCAUCCUGCCAACGGCGCUGGCUUCGGCUCUCACCACUAAUUCUACACAAGUUAGAAAUAAGAUUGUCGAGUUUUCGCACGGAACCGCCUUGAUCCUGCUUGUCUUGUACAUUUGUUACCUCUACUUCCAGAUGAAAUCUCACCGCCAUCUCUUUGAGAGGGCCCAGCACGACCACGACGACGACCCUCCCUCAUCUUCCUCACAGCCCAUCGAACAAUUAGUCACCCUCGUCGGGUCCGCAGUAGGCGUCGUUGCGUGCACCUAUUUCAUGUUCCAAAGCAUGGUGAGCACCGCUCACACCGCACAUGUUUCCACCUCAUUCAUCGCCACAAUCCUCAUCCCCAUUGCCAGCAACAGUGCCGAGGCCGCUGCCGUGAUUGCCGUCUCCCGCAGCGGCGACAUCGACUUUGCAAUCAGCAUCAUAGUGUCCAGUAUCCUCCAAAUCGGGCUAUGCGUCAUUCCCAUCAUCGUUAUUUUGGGUUGGAUCAUCCAUCAACAGACCUCCCUGGAUUUUGACUCGUUCAACACUGUUAUUCUUUUCUUUUCAGUCUUGGCUGUGAAUUACAUGCUGCGCGAAGGGAAGUAUAGUUAUAUCCACGGAAUCAUGCUAGUGGGGUACUAUGUGAUUCUUACCAUUGCAUUCGUCUUCCGUUGA